AUGGUCAAUGCCAGGCAUCAGUUAGACCUCGCGCGUACCUUAGUCAAGCAGUAUGCCGACAGCCCAGGUGGAGUUCAGCCCAUGAGCGGCGGUUCCCUGAUCGACGUCGCCUGGGCGCUCGUUGCCUUGGACCUGGCAAGAGAGUUCGAUGCCGAGCUCAAGGCGGUCCUGGAAGAGACAUUUGCCAGAAAUCCGCCGCAGAACCGGGUGCCCCUCACGAAGCUCUUCGACGUGAUUUGUGCUCUGGAGUUGGAGUACAAGGACCUGGGCAUCACCGUGCCGAACACCUGGAAAGCCGCCUGCGCCGAUGCAGACCGCUUCGAGAUGGAGAGGCUAGAGUCGGCUCGGCUGCACAACGAGGUGGUCAUGCGGUUCGACCAUCUCCGCGGCGCGACCAAUGGCAUGCGCUGGCAGCUGCGCAUGCAGCGGAAUCAAGCGUGCGGCCCCUACCGAGUAGAUCUCUUCGACGAGGACACAAAGACUGCCCUGGAUCUGGAAAUUAUCAG